AUGUCGGCCGACUUGGGGUCCGCGCAUGAGAAGCCAGGCCUACUCGAAGACGGCCAGCAGACUCAGCAUUCUAGCAAGCCUGACCAAUCUAGCGAGGCUAUUGGACAGGAGACAAAGGACAACAUCGUCGACUGGGACGGGCCAGAUGAUCCCCAGAAUCCGCGAAACUGGCCAGCAUGGAAACGCAUGGUCCAAGUCGUCUUUGCCAGCGCAUUUUUGCUCGCUGCCAACCUCGCUGCAACAAUGUUUGCACCUGGAGCCGCUGCGCUUGCAAAGGAGUUCAAUAUCACGAGUUCCACGAUUAUCACUCUCACCGUGUCUAUCUACCUUUGUGGCUUCGCCGUUGGGCCAAUGCUCAUUGCACCUUUAUCCGAACUGUACGGACGACUUGUGGUCUACCACACCUGCAAUGUCUUUUACAUUGGCUUCAUUAUCGGCUGUGCGCUGGCCAAAAAUACCGGCAUGUUUCUCACUUUUCGAUUCCUUGCCGGAUCUGCUGCUUCAGGCCCACUGACAGUCGGCGGAGGAACCGUCGCGGAUGUCAUCCCGCCAGCCCAGCGAGGGAAGGCAAUGUCUCUGUUUGUAGUGGGACCACUUCUAGGGCCAGUCUUGGGCCCAAUCGUCGGUGGUUUUGUGUCCGACUCAAUUGGCUGGCGAUGGACGUUUUGGAUCAUCACAAUCCUUGCAGGAGUGUCCUUCGCAACGUCAAUCUUUUUCCUCCGCGAGACAAAUGCCGCCGUGCUCCUGGAAUGGAAAGCUGCGCGCCUCCGGAAGGAAACUGUCAACACUGCUCUGGUUUCGAAGAUGGAUCGGGGCCUACCACCCCGCGAGCUAUUCAUCCGCGCCAUCACUCGACCGACCAAGCUCCUCGUCCUGUCGCCAAUCGUGCUCCUCCUUUCACUCCUGUGCGCGUUCAUCUUCGGCCUGCUCUUUCUGCUGUUCACCACGUUUCCCGCGGUCUUUGAGGAGCAAUAUCACUUCUCCGCCAGCGUCUCUGGCUUGUCGUAUCUCGGGGUCGGGAUUGGAAUGGGCGUCUCUCUCGGAACUUUCGCCACGGUGAGUGACAAGCUGCACAAGUCACUCGGAGAUGCGCCGAAGCCUGAAGAACGCCUGAAGCCCGUGAUGUGGGUCUUGCCCGCCGUGCCCAUCGGGAUCUUCUGGUAUGGCUGGGCAGCCGAGAAGCAGACUCAUUGGAUUGUUCCAAUCAUCGGCACCUCUCUCUUUGGGUUCGGCGUUAUCUGGGUCUUAAUGCCGGUUCAGCUCUACAUGGUGGAUGCUUUUGGCCCAGAAGCUGCCGCCUCUGCGUUGGCUGCGAACGUGGUCGUCCGACUUCUUUGUGCGGCUUUCCUGCCAUUGGCAGGGCCGUCAUUGUAUGCAAACCUAGGACUCGGAGUCGGAAAUACCGUCCUAGGUGCGAUAGGAGUGGCUUUUCUUCCCGUGCCACUUCUCUUCUAUCGAUAUGGAGGAUGGCUCAGGGAGCGUUUUGCUGUGAAGCUAUAA